GUGCUGGGUGUCAGACGGAAGGAGAAAGAGCAGCGAGCGGACGGCGGGUCGGAGUGGGAACGUGGGAGCAACUUUUAAUUUUAUUUAUUCAGACAGACUAAUAAAACCAUUGCUGCGGCUCCAGUCGAGUCCCCAAAUCCAACAUGUUCAACAGACAGACGAGCCUGUGGAUGGGUGAUUUGGACCCAUACAUGGAUGAGAACUUCAUUAAGCAAGCUUUCAGCGCUAUGGGAGAAACACCAUUUGGAGUGAAGAUCAUCACCCACAGGAUAACAGGCGGCUCAGCGGGCUACUGCUUUGUGGAGUUGGCAGACGAGGCGAGCGUCGACCGCUGCGUUCAAAAACUCAACGGAAAACUGGUCCCCGGAUCAAACCCGCCCCGGAAGUUUAAGCUAAACUAUGCCACCUACGGGAAAAGGCCGGAGGCAGGGUCUGGAGCCGGGACAGGACGGCCAGAGUACUCAGUGUUUGUGGGCGACUUGGCCUCUGAGGUGGACGACUUCCAGCUGCACCAAGUCUUUAAGAAGUAUCCUUCCUGCAAGGGAGCCAAAGUGGUCACUGACCAGUACGGAUACUCCAGAGGCUACGGCUUCGUCAAGUUCGGGGAGGAGAGCGAGCAGAAGAAGUCGAUCGAGGAGUGCCAGGGAACGAUGCUGGGGGGGAAGCCGCUGAGACUCAGCAUCGCCGUAGCAAAGAGCCAGAAGAUGAGCAACUACCAUGGAGGGCAGGGCCAGAACUACCAUAGCAACUACAGCCAGCAGCAGUCGAGUUACUAUGGCAGCCAUGGCAGCGGGGGCCAGGGGGGCUACUACUCUCAGUGGGGGAGUUACGACCAGUACGGUGGCUACAACAGCAGUGGCUAUAACAACUGCUACAACAGCGGCUACAACUACAACUAUGGGCCCUAUGGUUACCCCCCACCAGGCCACAUGAUGGGGCCACCACCACCCAUGGGGAUGCCGCCUAUGUCCUCUGACAUGUCAGGAGGUGUAGAGCAGAGCCACGAGGAGGCUGAAGAUCUAGAGGAGGAAAAUGCAGAAGAGCCCAUCCCUGAGUACGAUGUGGACCAGUGCAACAGAGAUUUUAUGCAGCGCAGCGAGGAGCUCUAUGAUGCCAUGAUGGACUGCCACUGGCAACCUUUGGACUCCAUCACCUCCCCCAUCCCAUCCCUCUCUUGAUGUCCAUUUGUUCUGCUCCUCCUCAUCCUCUUUUAACUCCUCAGUCCCUUUAUACCUCCUUUCUCCCGAUCUAUGCCACACUCAAAGUGACACUGUAAAACAAAGUAGACCAGUUUUUAGCUCAGCAUCUCAAUACUUAACCCAGGCCUGGCUGAAGGCUCACAUUUGCACACACAGUCAGUAAGUAGUUUGUCUGCAAAUACCUGCAGUAUAAUUCCAGGUACAUAUAAAUCCUGUUUACUGUGUUGAUUUAUUCAGGAAAUUGGUCACCAAGCAGUGUAGUUGGUAUAUUGUUGAUUUGUAAUAACGUUCUGUCACCAUUUCUAACUUUUCUAUGUAGCACAGAGCGGAGUGAGCACGACUGUCAGUGGUUUAAGUAUUGGAACAGUGCUGACGUUGCCUUUUGUGCUGUUGACUGGUCUACAGUGGAUGUGGCAUUGGCUUCAGCACUAUACCAUGUGAUAAUGCCAUUAGAGGAAAAAAAAAAAAAAAACUCACUGUCCUAAUACGAGAUGGUCCAGUUUGGCCAUGUGCAAAGUUUCCCUUCAUUGGCCCUAACUCACGAGGAAGAGAUGCUCUUUUCAAGACAAAAUGUCACACAACAAUGCCUUUAUUCGCCAUGUCUUCCCAGUCCAGGUUGGUAGCGAGAAUUUGUAUAUACAGGAUGUCAGUUUUUUUUUUUUAAUUGUUAAUGUUUUUUUGUUUUUUUUUAAUGAAGGAGUGCUUGAGAUAAUGCCUUUUCCUCCUUUAAACAUUUUUUUUUUGUCAAACUCCAGUGUUUGUUAUAUAGAUUUCAUGUACAUUUUCUGGAUGGAAUUUAAAGCUUUGGAAAGUUGAAGAUAAUUAUAUUGAAGCCACCAAAAAUAUAAUUUAUCACCAUUUUCGAAGCAGGAAAACAAAAGGAUUUUCUAUAUAAUAGAUGACUGAUACACACUCUGUAAUAUAUUUAAACUGUGAUACCGUACGUAAUCAGUUUCUGAGGUUUGGCCUUAUUUGGCUCUAUCAGAUGUCAAGUCGUCAUUUGUUAACUGGUGUCUGAUGGCUGAUAUUUUG